AUGCCCAACUUCUUACUCCUUGCCCUGGCAAUCGUACCGCUUGCUGUCUUGCUCGCGCCUCGCUUCGUCGAGCCUUAUAAGCUAUGGGACCCGACUGUCCUGAAUAAUGUUGGACAAGGUGAAAGACAGACUAAAUGGUGUAAUAUGGGAUGGUGGGAGGAUACGGAUAACUUUCCAACGGCAGCAAAGACUCUAGGCGAAAGAUUACUUGAUUUCGCUAAAGAAGGUGGAUACCAAGGAGGUGGAAAUGUACUGGAUAUCGGGCAUGGAGCAGGCGAAUCAUUAUUGCUUCACCUCUCUUCCCCUUCUCCUCCCAAACACUUACAUGGUCUUACAUCCUUAUCAUCAGACACUGCUCAAGCCCGACUAUUGAUUGACAAAUAUGCUCCUGACGUACCAACUCCAGUUGAGCUAUUUACUUAUUCAGCACAAUUCAAUCCUACAAAGGACUUUGACCAUCCUUUAAAUAGUAUGAAAGGAUUCAUGGGUGAGAAAUCGCAAGUCCAAGAAACUUUCGCUUAUUCAGAUGAAGACGAUAUCGAUCAAGUCCAAGGCGAGCUCAAUCUGGAUUCUGACAAUCCACCUCCAUACAAUAUGAUAUAUAUCUUAGAUGCUAUAUAUCAUUUUCCACCUUCCCUCAGAACAUUCCUUGAUUCCCUCAAACCAGUCCUUAGCCAUGAUGGUCUAGUAGUAUAUACCGAUAUCAUACCUCCCCCUGGAUUCGCCAUUUGGAAAUCAUGGCUCAUAUCUUACAUCUUAUCUGUUCCAUUGCCUAAUCUUACUUCACGUCCUGAAGAUCUCGAAGGGUACAGGCUAGAAUUGGAGAAAGAAGGUUGGAAAGAUAUCAAGGUUGAAGACUGGAGUAAAAAUGUCUGGCCAGGUUUCGCUAAGAAUCUCAUUGAUAGAGGUGGUCGAUGGGAAAAAGUUGGGAAAGCAGUACAGAGGGUAGAAAAGGAUGGCUGGAAGUUUAUUGCUGUCCGUAUCAGAAAGGGGGAUUGA